AUGACUUACACGCUCCACAUCGCCAACAAGCGCUACUCUUCAUGGUCGAUGCGGCCUUGGGUCCUCUUCAAGGCCCUCGACAUCCCCUUUGAAGAGAAGCUUCACUUCCUCCAGGAGGACCUGGCCGAACAGCGCCGCGACUAUCUCACCUUCUCGCCCUCAGCAAAGGUGCCCACCCUCGUCGACAACAGCAACACGACCCUCGUCCACGACUCGCUCGCCAUUGCAGAGUACCUCGCCGAGGACUUCCCGGCCGUCUGGCCCAGCGACAAGCUCGCCCGAGCCUUUGCCCGCUGUGCCGCGGCCGAGAUGCACUCAGGCUUCCCCGCCAUCCGCAACGAGUGCUCCAUGAACGUAGCCCUGCGGAUCGAGCUGGGCACCCCGAGCGAGGCCCUUCAGCGGGACAUCAACCGGCUCACGGAGCUCUUCAACGAGGGCAUCAGUAAGUUUGGCGGCCCCUGGAUCGCCGGCAAGGAGUUUUCCGCCGCGGACGCCUUUUACGCGCCGAUUGCGUCGCGGUGCAAGACGUAUGGCAUCCAGCUGGCUGGGCCUGCGGGAGAGUACAUUGACCGGCUGUAUGAGCAUCCUGCUGUCCAGGCUUGGGUCGAGGAGGGCAUCGUGGAGGCGGGCAUCCUGGCCCGUUACGAGGCGGACUGCAUUCAGGGACGCAAGGUGCUGAAGAAUUUGGGUGAGCAACAGAUUCUUGACUUUUUAGGAUUGUAA